ACGUAACGCGGGAAGGCGGGGCCCAGUCAGAAUGCAGUUGGGAAACGAAAAAAAGAUAAUGCGAGCAGCUUGUUUGCUAGCUAGCGAGGGACGCUAGAGGUUUAUUUUUUCCCGAACAGAACUCUGAUCAACGCGUUCGUCAUCCGCGCGGCGUUCAGAGGCACAGACACCGGGUUGGGCUUAGUGAUGGCAGCCGCGCAGGUUGUUGGAGAGGCGGCGGAGCACGUCGACAUCUACGCAGAUCUAAACACGGAGGAGGGUGGAGACUCUCUGGAGGCAGAAGCUGACGCUCUUUACGACGACGUGUUAACUGGAUCGGUGGACAGCGAGAGCACUCUGGGAAAACAGGAGCCUAAGGAGGAUUGUAGACCAGCGGUGGAAGCUGGCGGAGGGAAGCGCUUCUCUGUCUACGUCGGCAACUUUAACUGGUGGACGUCAGACAGCGAUCUGAUCGCGACAGCACGGAGGCACGGCGUGAAAGACAUUGUAGAAGUUAAGUUUGCGGAGAACAGGACUAAUGGUCAGUCCAAAGGCUAUGCUGAGAUGGUAGUGUCCACAGAAGAGUCGUUCAGGCGUUUAUUAGAGACUAUGCCACAGUGCAAGAUCAACGGGGAAAAACUGGAGUGUCGUCAUGCUUCACGGAGAAACCUGGCCGAGUUCGAGGCUCAGGCCCGAAAACGAAUACCUCUGCGUCUGAAUCCUAAAGGUGAUCUGGAGCGAGCCGACGGAAAGAACCCGUCCGCCUCCUCUCCCUCAGACCCGCCUUCCUUACCUUUACCACUGAUGUUCCCUCCGGCCAAGCCGCCUCCCCUCAUGCCGUCAUAUUUUAGCACCCCUCCUCCUCCUCUUCCUCUUCCUCCUCCUCCUCUUUUUAACACUCCUCCUCCUCCGCUGUUCCAUCCACCCUCACCUCACGCACACAUUCCCAACGCACACAUUCCCAACGCACACAUUCCCAACGCACACAUUCCCAACACACACAUGCUCAAUGCACAUGCCCAAAACUCUCACACACCCUCGCUACACAUCAACCCCGCCUUCUUCCCCCCAAAUCCUGCGACACACAGCAGCAGCAGCAGCAGCAGCAACAACAACAACAGCAGCAGAAAAACAGCAUUCAGUCAGCCGGGGGACGGAGACUUCGAGGAGCUGAUCAACAGGAACAGAACGAUUGCAAGCAGUGCCAUCACUAAAGCCAUUUCUGCAGCCACGUCAGGUGAUAUCCGGAUGGCAAUAGAGACGCUCUAUACGGCGACAGCGGUGAUCAAACAGUCUCGUGUGUUCUACGACAAGCGAUGCCGCAUGCUAGUCGAGUCCCUUAACGACUGUCUGAACUCCAUAGAGACUAAAUGCUUCCCUUCGAGUAAGAGAGACCGUUCUCGAGAGCGAGCGAGGAGCCGAUCGAGGGAUCGAUAUCGAGAGCGCUCGUCCAGCACAGACAGAGACCGGGAGAGGGAGCGGGAGCAAAGGCGGGAGCGAGGGCGCGACCGAGAGCACAGAGACAGGCAUUGAUGGAACGGUUCUUACCAUCGUCAGUCCGUGGAAGAAGACGAGGAGGACCAGUGGAACGUACUGAACACCAACACGCUCGUUUAGGGUCGUACAAGACAUUUCAAGUUUCUAAAAGACACCAUUCUCUUUGUUGUGUAAAUGGUUCUGUAUAGGAAUUGUUUUGAUUUAAAAAAAAAACAAACAAACUAAUUUUUACUAGCUGGCUGAGUAAUCACACUGCGGUACAGCUUCUGUUUACUUCGUUUUAAUGUUUAACACGUCAGUGCCGUCUUUUUUUUUUUUCCUUUUUCCCCCCUUCAUUUUGUAAGGAAACACAAAUGUACAAUAAUAAAAAAAAAUACAACUGUG